AUAGUUCAGGAGAGGAAAUACGCAUGCGCAUUGAACGAGCAUUCUACUUGAUGUUGACUUCCGCUUAAAUCUCCUUUGAAUGAAUUUCUUUUAAUCAGCUGAUAAUAAUAAGAAUAAUAAUAAUAAGACAUUUAUAAUUCUUUAUAAGGUAUUUCUCAACUGCGACACAGACACACACAUAUAUAAACAACACUAUCCUUUACGAGACAUUUGCAACAUCAGAUGACGUUGACAUCACAGAAGAAACAUCCUCAAUAUUUACCAUUUUUUAAAGACUAAAGCAAAAUAUUAUACAAAACAGAUGUAUAACAUUGUUUCUACAAAUCUGUUGUAGAAUUCCUGUGAAACAUUUGCUCUGAAAUAAUACUAUUAGCCAAGUUUGUGAACAUCACUGACUGGAGUGUCUAAAAGAGGAGCCCCUCUGCUGGUGAAACUUCACAGAAUUUAUGUAAUUGCUGCUAAACAAAGGUAACAUCACUGAAAUACAACAGUAGAAGUAUUUCUAAGGAGUAAAGUGUAAGAAUAAAGCAAGAAAAAUAAUUUUACUGGAAUUUGAGGGGAAAAUAAUGGAAAAGUGUGAGAAACGUAAAGAAAUGGUUUCCUCUGAAAUGAAAGAGAAAGGAAAAUUGUCAUAUGACUGUGACAUCUGUGAAAAGGUUUUCUCUCUCAAAUGUAACCUAAAUUCCCACAAACGUAUUCAUGCAGGAGAGAAGCCAUAUCACUGUGAUAUUUGUGGUAAAUCAUUCUCUCAAAAUAUUCAUUUAACUGGACACAGAAAUAUUCAUACAGGAGACAAGCCAUAUCACUGUGGGAUCUGUGGUAUAUCAUUUUCUCAGUGUGCUACCUUAACUAAACACAAACGUAUUCAUACUGGAGAGAGGCCACAUCAUUGUGAUAUCUGUGGUAAAUCAUUCUCUCAAAGUACUCACUUGACUACACACAUACGUAUUCAUACAGGAGAGAGGCCAUAUCAUUGUGAUAUCUGUGGUAAAUCAUUCUCUGAAAAUAGUGCCUUGGCAAUCCACAAACGUAUUCAUACAGGAGAGAAACCAUAUCAGUGUGAUAUCUGUGGUAAAUCAUUCUCUCAAAAUAGUAACUUAAUGAGACACAAAAUUAUUCAUACGAGGGAGGAAGGAAAAGGGCAGUUUUUGUAGUUGAGAUUUUUUGUGUUUUGUUUCAAUAUUCACCUCCCACUCAUGUAUUUACUUUCCCUGGUGUAAGGACCCCUUAUACCAAAUCUCCUGACAACCCUACACAUUAUUCUUUCUUGAAUAUCACAUCCUGUAAUUACAGAAUAUUUCCUGUUUAUUGUAUUUUAAAUGCUUCUCUCAUUAAUUAUGU